AAAAAAACAGGAAAGGAAAAAAGGAAUUAAGAUACUUCUCUGAAUUUUCGUCAAGAUGGAAACGUUUCUCAGGGCACCCUUUUGGCUGGCCCUAGUGGGGUAUGUCAUCUGUGAUAAUCCUGAGAGAGACGGAACAAAUCUAAGCAGUCAUGUGGAGGACUUCACUGCUUUUCAGGGGACAGAGUUCAACUUCUUGGGUACCACUCACCGGCCCACUAACUUGGCCCUCCCCAGCAAUGGCUCAAUGCACAAUUACUGCCCACAGCAGACGAAAAUCACUUCGGCUUUCAAGUACAUCAACACUGUGAUAUCUUGUACUAUUUUCAUCGUGGGAAUGGUAGGGAACGCGACCCUGCUUAGGAUCAUUUAUCAGAACAAGUGUAUGAGGAACGGCCCCAACGCACUGAUAGCCAGCCUCGCCCUUGGAGACCUUAUCUACGUGGUCAUUGAUCUCCCUAUCAACGUGUUUAAGCUGUUGGCGGGGCGCUGGCCUUUUGACCACAACGACUUUGGCGUGUUUCUCUGCAAGUUGUUCCCGUUCUUACAGAAGUCCUCGGUGGGAAUCACUGUCCUGAACCUCUGCGCUCUCAGUGUCGACAGGUACAGGGCAGUUGCCUCCUGGAGUCGUGUCCAGGGCAUUGGGAUUCCCUUGAUCACUGCCAUUGAAAUCGUCUCCAUCUGGAUCCUCUCCUUCAUCCUGGCCAUCCCAGAGGCGAUCGGCUUCGUCAUGGUGCCCUUUGAAUACAAGGGUGAACAGCAUAAGACCUGCAUGCUCAACGCCACGACCAAGUUCAUGGAGUUUUACCAGGAUGCGAAGGACUGGUGGCUCUUCGGGUUCUACUUCUGCAUGCCCCUGGUGUGCACCGCCAUCUUCUACACCCUCAUGACGUGUGAGAUGCUGAACAGAAGGAACGGCAGCCUCAGGAUCGCCCUCAGCGAGCACCUCAAGCAGCGCCGAGAAGUGGCAAAAACCGUGUUCUGCUUGGUGGUAAUUUUUGCUCUGUGCUGGUUCCCGCUUCACCUAAGCCGUAUCUUGAAGAAAACUGUAUAUGAUGAGAUGGACAAGAACCGAUGUGAAUUGCUUAGUUUCCUGCUGCUUAUGGAUUACAUCGGCAUCAACUUGGCAACCAUGAAUUCGUGUAUAAACCCAAUCGCUCUGUAUUUUGUGAGCAAGAAAUUCAAAAAUUGUUUCCAGUCAUGCCUCUGUUGCUGUUGUCACCAAUCCAAAAGCCUGAUGACCUCAGUCCCCAUGAAUGGAACCAGCAUGCAGUGGAAGAACCAAGAUCCGAACAACCACAACACUGAGAGGAGCAGCCACAAGGACAGCGUCAACUAACUAUCUUCAGAAAUGCACUUGAGUGUGCCUCAAGUCUCAGUGGAGAAAACACCAUGCAGCAGCCGUCCUCCCGAACUUCCUUCCCGGGUCCUUUCUCUCUAACUCGCUCCCACCCGCAGAAGAAAAUGCGCUCUCGGUGUGGUCCCCCACAGUGUAUGGAGGACUCGCUGCUAGCUCUUUCUUCUGUAAUUUUCCUAAUUCGCAUGGCAUGCCCAGCACUCAGAAGUGAGGAGUCAAGGGGUAAUGGAAACUCAAGGGACAUUGGCGUGAAAAUAGAGUUUUCAAGUUCAUUAGCGGCUUUCAUAGCCGUUCCGUUGAAUGUCCAAUGAGAACUGGUCAUUGAAAGAGUUUAGAGAACUUGCCAAGCAUGGUGAGCCUGGCCUGGGCUCCCAACACUCGGGAGGUGGAGGAGGAUCCGAAAUCCAAGGUCACCCUUGACCACGUGAGUCUUUGUCUCCAAAAAUACCAACAAACAAAACAUGGAUGUUUAGAGAUUAUGACCUUUUUUGUUCAACAGUGUGGGUUUAGGGUACCUUUCUUUGAAAUGCCAGUAUUAUUAUUAUUUUUUUUUUUGGCUGCAUAAUAGCUUAGACAUGAUUGUUGAGCUUAUUUUCACAUACUUUGUUAAAAAAAUAAAAAAAGAGGGAAAACAAGAAAACACUAAGGUGAGUGGUUGGGUCACCGUUUUGUUCAUAAAACAUGAGUUCCAGAGCUGCAACAGAGACAAGCGCGGGAAGUACGAGCUGGAUAAAAUCGUAUCGCAGCUCAAUAGCUGCUACCCAAGGAAUUUUUUAAAGCUUUACAUUUAUUAUUAUUAAAACAAUAAAGAAAGAAAGACAAGCCAGGCAAGGUGGAGCACACCUUUAAUCCCAGCACUUGGGAGGCACAGAUAGGAGGAUCAAGGCCUCCCUAAGGCUACAUAGGGAAUUCUAGGUCAGCCUGAGCUAGAGAAAGACAUUUCCUGGAGAAACAAAAGAAAGAUAGCACUAAGAUGUUUAGUUAGAGAAGAUCUUGGAAGGUAUUUUUUUUAAUUUUUUAUGUUAAACAGAAGAAUAAUGUAUGGGGAACAUGCCCUACAUGUGGGAGGCUGAGGCAGGAGAAUCAUGAGUUGGAGCCCAGCCUGGAUUGCAGAGUGAGACCCUGCCUCAAAACUAGGGUUAAAUAGUUCUAUUUUUUUCACAAGCCAAAUAUUUUUAUGUGAUUUUUUUUUCAUGUAAAAGCCAUAUUCCACAAUUUAAAAUGUGUCAUGGAACUAUGCCUAAAACUUUCAGUAUGAUGAUUAGACAUUAGACAUCUGAGGCACAUCCAGGAGAGAGUGAAUGUAUCUGAGAAUCUGGAAAUUUUCUUUGGACUUUGUAAUAGUAAUAGAUAUAUACAUACAUAUAAUGCACAUUCCCUUUUAUCAUUUUAACUUCUCCCACAGUGUUAACUGGCUUAAAAGGUUUUAUUAGUCAUUCUUUUUUUUUUUCCAGAUAGGAAACAAUUUCAAAGAAACCUGAUAAGUUGAAUGUAUCAGUGAAAUGUAAUUAUUACUACCAAGAACCUUUAAUUCUUCACUUCUCUGGGAUUCCAAUAUGAACCUACAUCUUUAUUUAACCACUCCUUCCCAACUUCCCAAUGGUCAUCAUUUCAAAGGGCCCACAGUGACUUUACUGGGAACUGUUCCAGAUGUUUACAGACUGUGAGAACAAAAAAAUAAUAAUCUUUUAUUGUGUGUGUAUGUGUGUGUGUGUAUAUAUAUAUAUAUAUAUAUAUGUAUGUAUUCAUAUAUAAACAAUUGUAAAUUUUUUAGCCAAUUUUUCUGUGAUUGUCUCUAUGGAAUAUAUUUGUGUAUGUAAUAUAUGGUACUAUGGAUGUUAUCUAAUCUAAUCUAAUCUAAUCUAAUCUAAUCUAAUCAGAAUGCCCUGUGGUUGUGCCAAAGCACAUUUUUUUUAGAGAGAGGCAGAAACAGAGACAGAAGGGGAGAGAGAAUUGGUGGGCCAGGGCCUCAGCCACUACAAUCCAACUCCAGAUGUUUGCAUCACCUAGUGGGCAUGUGCGA